AACAUCCUCCCUUUGUACAUAUGGAGAUAGGAUUGGAAGAAAGAAGAAGAGAACCAUCUGAAGCGGUUGAUAAAAAUGAGAAAUGGGUCCUUGAUUCUUCACUCGAUUAUGAAGGGAAAGAUCCUCUCCGGGCUUCAACUGGUGUAUGGAAAGCAUCCUUUUUCAUUAUAGCCCUGGAAUUCAGUGAACGGUUGAGUUACUUUGGAUUAGCAACAAACCUCAUCAUAUAUCUCACCAAAGUCCUCAAUCAAGAUCUAGAGACAGCUGCAAAGAAUGUGAACUACUGGACGGGGGUCACGACGAUGAUGCCGUUGAUCGGAGGGUUUGUUGCCGACGCUUACACAGGGAGAUACUUGAUGACCGUCAUAUCUUCCUUCGUCUAUCUUAUGGGUCUCAUCCUCUUGACAAUGUCCCAGUACAUCCCAGCCCUCAAACCAUGCAAUAUCGACAAGUGUCGCGAAUCCAAGAAGCUGCACGUAGCGGUCUUCUUCGUCGCAAUGUACAUGAUCUCAGUAGCAACUGGGGGCCACAAACCAUCAUUAGAAAGCUUCGGGGCUGAUCAGUUCGACGAUGAUCAUGCCGACGAGAGGAAGAAGAGGAUGUCCUACUUCAACUUGUGGAAUGCCGUCCUUUCUUUGGGUAAUAUGCUCGGCGUUACGAUUAUCGUUUACGUUCAAGACCAUGUCAGCUGGGGAUUUGGGGACAUCAUCCUAACAUCAGUAAUGAUUAUCUGCACCGUUAUUUUCAUCAUCGGGAAGUCGUUUUAUCGGUAUAGAUCACCCAACAGGAACCUGUUACCCAUCUUCCAAGUUUUCUAUGCUGCCAUCAUCAAGAGAAAUCUCAACAGUACUAAUCAACGACUGUACGAGGGCCCCAUAUCACAAAGGGCCCACAAAAGGCUUCUCUCCCAUACAAACAAGCUCAGGUGCCUAGAUAAAGCUGCAAUCAUCGAAAGCCACGGAGAUAAUGGAUUGAUCAACGACCCAAGUUCAUGGCGAUUAGCUACGGUGACCCAAGUCGAGGAGGUCAAGCUCCUCCUCAACAUGUUCCCCAUAUGGUUAACCACAUUGAUGUUCGGCGUCUGCAUGGCCCAGGCCACAACCUUCUUCAUCAAACAAGGAACCACCAUGGAUCGAAAUCUAACCGUCCAUUUCGUGGUCCCACCAGCCUCCAUUUCCAUUAUCGGCGCGAUCGCCAUGAUCAUGACCAUAGCCAUCUACGAUAAGAUUCUUGUACCAGUCUUGCGUGGGGUCACAGGCAAUGAGAGGGGCAUUAGCCUUCUCAAAAGGAUUGGAAUUGGUAUGGCACUCUCUGCAUUGGCAAUGGUCAUAGCCGCCAUUGUAGAAAGCAAAAGGCUUAGUGUUGUGGAGAGGGAAAUCAACGGUGGGCAGCAAAAGGGCCCAAUUUCCAUGAGUGUCUUUUGGUUGGCCCCACAGUUCAUGAUCAUUGGUGUAGGAGAUGGUUUCACUUUGGUGGGCCUCCAGGAAUUUUUCUAUGAUCAAGUGCCUGAUUCCAUGAGGAGUUUGGGCAUUGCAUUCUACUUGAGUGUGAUUGGGGCCUCCAACUUCCUUAGUAUCUUCUUGAUUACAGCCGUUGAUCAUUGGACCAAGAUGGGUGGAAGGGUUGGAUGGUUUGCUAAGGAAUUGAAUAAGAGCCACUUGGACUAUUUCUAUUGGUUGCUAGCAGCCAUGACAUCUGCAGCCGUUGAUGGUGAGAAGUGGGUCUGUGAUUCUUCACUCGACUACAAGGGUAGAGUCCCUCUCCGGGCCUCAACUGGUGCAUGGAAAGCAUCUAUCUUCCUUAUAGCACUUGAAUUCAGUGAGCGGCUGAGCUACUUUGCAAUGGCAACAAACCUCAUAACGUACCUCACCAAAAUCCUCCAUCAAGAUCUAAAAUCAGCGGUCAAGAAUGUAAACUACUGGGCCGGGGUAACGACGCUGAUGCCGUUGAUCGGAGGGUUCCUAGCUGAUGCCUACAUGGGGAGAUACUCAACGGUUCUUGUUUCAUCCAUCAUUUUUCUUAUGGGAUUGAUCCUCUUGACAAUGGCCGAGCUGAUCCCAACCCUACAAGCCUGCAGCGUGGACACGUGUCGUGAAUCUAUCAAACGACAUGAAGUGGUCUUCUUUGUGGCAAUGUACAUGAUCUCCAUAGGAAGUGGGGGACUUAAACCGUCGUUGGAGAGCUUUGGGGCGGAUCAAUUCGACGGUGAUCACAAGGUGGAGAGGAGAAAGAAGAUGUCCUUCUUCAACUGGUGGACCUUCGUGCUCGCUUCUGGCUUCAUGCUCGGGGUUACGGUGAUCGUAUACAUACAAGAUUUUCUCAGCUGGGGCUUCGCUAGUAUCGUCCUUACAUCACUUAUGGCCGUUGGUGUCAUCAUCUUUCUUGUGGGGAGGCCCUUCUAUCGAUAUAGAGUGGCCCAUGGAAGCCCGUUGACGCCGUUGAUAAGAGUUCUGGUUGCGGCCAUUGCCAAGAGAAAUCUUCCUCAUCCAUCCGAUCCGACUGAAUUGUAUGAGGGCCCCACAUCCAAAAUGGCCCACACAAAUAAGCUAAGAUUUCUCGACAAAGCGGCCAUCAUUGAAGGCCGUGAUGGCCCAAAAAACCAACGGUCAGAUCAACAGAACCCAUGGAGAUUAUCAACCGUGACCCAAGUCGAGGAGGUGAAGCUCGUUCUCAAUAUAAUACCAAUGUGGCUAACCUCACUAACGUUCGGCAUCUGCAUGUCCCAGACCACCGCCUUCAUCAAGCAAGCAAGUACCAUGGAUCGAAAUCUGACCGUCCAUUUUAAAAUCCCACCAGCGUCCAUCCAUUCACUGUCCAACAUCGCCACGAUCAUAUGUGUAUGCAUCUACGACAAGAUCUUAGUACCCAUGUUGCGACGUGUAACAGGCAAUGAGAGAGGCAUCAGUAUCCACCGUCGGAUCGGGAUUGGUAUGUUGUUAUCCAUUCUAGUGAUGAUUGCUGCGGCCACCGUUGAAAGAGAGAGAUUAACGGUUGUAGAGAGGGAAGGCAGUGCCAUGUCGAUGACUGUGUUUUGGCUGGCCCCACAGUUCAUUAUCCUUGGAAUAGCAGAAGGGUUCACUUUGGUGGGUCUCCAGGAGUAUUUCUAUGGAAAAGUUCCUGAUAACAUGAGGAGCUUGGGGAUUGCAAUGUUUACUGGUGUGAUUGGGGUGGGCCACUUCCUUACUAGCUUCUUGAUCAUGGCCGUUGAUCGUCUGACGGAGAAGGGUGGGAAGAAUGGAUGGUUUGCUAAGGACUUGAACAAGAGCCACCUGGACUAUUUCUAUUGGCUGCUAGCUGCCAUGAGUGGGGCCAACCUGUGUGCUUACGUGUACAUGACAAGCAAGUACACUCACAAAGAAGUUAAUGCAAGUGAUGUAGAUGAAAUCUAGGGCUGAAAGUUGAGUUGGGUUGGGUUGGUGCUCAACGGCCUAACCCAACCCAAGAUUCAUAUACUGCAACCCCAACCUAACCCAACCCAACCUUGGGUAAGGAAUUCUCAACCCAAGCCCAACCCAAGCGGGCUCAGUCGGGUUGGUCAGGUGGAUACAUGCUAAUGUUUUCAUUAUUAAAUUAGUUUAUUAUAUUUCAAUAAACGUUAAUUAUAUUUGUAGUUAUUUAUUAUAAAGAA